CAAACCCUCCCAAUGAGCUUGUGGUCUUGUGUGGCAUGUUGUGCUGGCCACAUGUCACAUGCGAGCAAUCGCACGGGCGGUUUCUGACGAGCGAUAGCGCGUAGCCAUGAUGGAUGGCUCGGAGGCCAGACCUCAGCAUCUGGGACUAUGACUAGCAAGGUGAGAGGGAAGCAACGGGGCGGAAGAUGACCGGCGAGUGAAAACAGGUUUGCUGUUGUGGUGUGUGGUUCGGUGCAGUUGUGUGCCGACGCUGGCGUUGUGCGGGAGGGCCUUCAGCGGCUGCAGAGGGACGCACAGCUGAGCUGCGAGAAGUGCCAGCGUGACGGCAAUGCCUUUGCUGAUGCAUUCCUUACGGCUGCGUCCGCUCACGCGUCAGUUGCCGAGUCCUCCAGUAGUGCGAUGGUGGAUGCAUUCACGAGAGCAGCGGCGUCAUUCCCCCAUCAGCCACCGAAUGACAUCGGUGCGUCUGCUACCGCCCCUGCAGCUGCGGCCGUCGAAGCGUCACCUGAACAGCCUCCGAAUGCCGACGUAUGGUGGACUGAAGAGGGAUGAGUGCAGGGCAGUGUAUGGCAUUUGCGUGUUGUUCCUGUGCUGCUGGCCGGUGCAGAGUAGUAUGGUAGAGGAGAGGGUGCUGUCGUUUCGUCUGACCUCUACGUCAGGGAAACCGCCGACCAACGAUGGACCGGUGAGAGCGAGCAUACACGUCGCGUAACCCAAGCACAUCUGUGCACACUCGGCUGUGUGUUCAGGCCCGCCUUCGCCUCUCCCCCGAUGAGCUGGCGGGUGUGUUCGGCUUCUACCAACCAUGGGAGCUGGCCCGAGUCGCUCCGAAGAUCGGCAAGAUGGUCUUCGACGGCGCGGCCAAGGGAUACACCCACUUGACCAUCGACGGGUCAGACAAGGGCGGCGUGCGCCAGCUGCGGGAGCGGCUCCCGCUGGAGCUGGCAUACCGGUGGGGGCAGCGGGCCACCAACCACACCCACCUGCACGUCAUAUACCCGUGCUGGGCCAGCUCCUGGUGUCGUGGGAUUUGGGUGGCGAUCCUCGAGGGCAAUGCGGCGGCCAGGAAGGCCAUGAGGGAGAGGAGGGAGGAAGGGCAGGCCGAGGGCGGAGCGUCGGCAGCAGCAGCGGCGUCAAGGCAGGACAGCCCAUCCGCCGCCUCGUCCAUCAAGGUCCUCAGCUUCGAGAAGGACAGCGACGAUGGGGUGCUGUAUCAUGUGGGCGACGUCGUCUCUGCUGAACCCCUGUCUCCCUCCCCCUCGCCCGUCAACCUGUCGGCCCUCGAGGAGGUGCACGCCAUGCCCUACGACUGUGCGGCCGUGCGUACGGACGAUCGCGUGUGGCACACGCCGUCGGUGCGGGUCAUGACAUUCAAGGCGAACUCGGCUUUGGACGAACGGAGGGAGUUGAAGGAGUGGAUGACGUCAUGCGAACAUCUGGAGACAUUCGAUGGCGGCCUGAGGCCCUACGAUAAGGUGGACCUGCUGCGUGUGCCGCCAGUCGGCACUUCCCUUGCCCGCCUGCGAUCCAUCGGCACCCUCAAUGCGGGGGUGCUCAUUGACGAUGAGCUGGCCGACCUGCAGGAGGCCCUCGUGGAGCGGGGAUGCCGCAAGUCCCUCAGCGAGCUGCCCAUCGUGGCCGAGUGGGGGGUCCCUUGCAAGUGGGUAUUGUGUGAGCUGGCACGGCUAUCGGAGGCAGUGCUGCAGCCACAGGCCCUCGACAAGCCGCAGGUCGUCCGGGUGACAGGUCCCGAGAAUCUGAUGGGGCUGGAGCUCAUCGAGUGGAUGGCCGAUGAAAGCUCUCAGGUACCAAACACACCAUGGACGGCUGCACAUGUAUCCAAUCACAACGUCAUCGUUGUCUCCGAUGUGGUCUCUGUGCAGGUCCAGAAGCUCGUUCGUGAGUUUGCCGCUGUCGCUGGUGUAGUCGUGUACAAGAAUGAGCUCACCGACCCCAACGCCGCCGCAGACACCGUAUAUUUCCCCAGCGCCACCAUUUUCCGCUGUCCACCACAGCACUUGUCGGCAGAGGUGGUCGACGGCCUGGCCAGGACGGUCGCCAACAGCAUGCCCCAGUGCCGCACCAUCGAAUUGGUGGACAUAGGGACGCACUCUGACGCAGCGAAGAAUGCUGUGGUGUUCCUGAGUGCACUCAAGAGGCACAUGUCCACACGGGAGGGACAGGGGGGCGGCGAGGGGGGCGGUAGCAGCAGCAGCGAGGGGGAGGGCGAGAGGCGCCUGUCGGUGAGGAUCCUGGUGUCGGCGGGUGACAUCUUAGAUCAUAGCCGGCCGCUGCAGGAGUGGGCCAGCCACGACCUGCCGGUCAUCGACGAGGUCCACAUCGAUGUGGAAGGUAAGCAGGACCGACUGAGCAAUCCCUCACGUCACAUCUGGCUGUCUGUGUUGGUCUGGGUAUGCAGGCGACUUGCCAGCUGGCGCGACGGAGGAGGCUUUUAACGGAUCGCUUAUGGCCUCGCUCACUGGCCUCAGCAGGGCCGGCGUGAGCAAGGCGUCCGCGGCGCUUUGGCAACAUCCUAUGCGUGAGUUCUGCAUCUGGGGGAGGCUGCAGUUCAACAUGCAGAUGUUCAACAUGCAGCCAGGCGUGCGGUGGCUGUUCAACCGGGAGCCAGCGCUGGCGGCGCUCAUCACCAUGCGCGGGAACGCCAUCACCGUCGCCAGACGCACAUGA